UCGCACGCACCGGAGCGCCCGGCUCCCUCCUCCUGCUCCUUUUCCCUCCUCCCUUCCCCUCCUCCCCCCCUUCCCUCCCCGGGUCGCCGCGGCUCCGGGAGGAGCGGGGGGGGCCCCGCUUCCUUCCCUCUCCCCCUCCUUCUCCCACCCGCGCCACUGAGGACGGGCAGUGUCUUCCAUUGCUCCAUUGGUUCUGCUGGCUGUGGUUUGUUCUGCUUCUGUGAAAUCAAAAGGAUUACCAUGGGAGCCACAGAAUUUUUCAUUUAUAAAAGCAAUCAUGGGGUGCAUUAAAAGCAAAGAAGAUAAAGGUCCAGCCAUGAAAUACAGGACUGAUAACACUCCAGAACCUAUUAGUUCCCAUGUCAGCCAUUACGGGUCAGACUCCAGCCAAGCAACACAGUCACCGUCAAUAAAGGGAUCAGCAGUUAAUUUUAACAGUCAUUCUAUGACUCCUUUUGGAGGGCCCUCGGGAAUGACACCCUUUGGAGGAGCAUCAUCUUCAUUUUCAGCUGUGCCAAGUCCAUAUCCUAGUACUUUAACAGGUGGUGUUACUGUAUUUGUGGCCUUAUAUGAUUAUGAAGCUAGAACUACAGAUGACCUUUCAUUUAAGAAAGGUGAACGGUUCCAGAUAAUAAACAACACGGAAGGUGACUGGUGGGAAGCAAGAUCCAUUGCUACAGGAAAAACAGGCUACAUCCCAAGCAAUUAUGUAGCUCCUGCAGACUCCAUUCAAGCAGAAGAGUGGUAUUUUGGUAAAAUGGGCAGGAAAGAUGCAGAAAGACUACUUUUAAAUCCUGGGAACCAGCGUGGUAUUUUCUUAGUAAGAGAGAGCGAAACCACUAAAGGUGCUUACUCCCUUUCCAUACGUGACUGGGAUGAGGUCAGAGGUGAUAAUGUGAAACACUACAAAAUCAGAAAACUUGACAAUGGUGGAUACUAUAUCACAACCAGAGCACAAUUUGAAUCUCUACAGAAGUUGGUGAAGCACUACAGAGAACAUGCUGAUGGACUGUGUCAUAAGCUGACAACUGUUUGUCCCACAGUGAAACCACAAACACAGGGACUAGCAAAAGAUGCCUGGGAAAUUCCUAGAGAGUCUUUGAGGCUGGAAGUUAAGUUGGGUCAAGGAUGUUUUGGUGAAGUGUGGAUGGGAACCUGGAAUGGAACCACAAAAGUAGCAAUUAAGACACUUAAGCCCGGUACAAUGAUGCCUGAAGCUUUCCUUCAGGAGGCUCAGAUCAUGAAGAAAUUACGACAUGACAAGCUUGUUCCACUGUAUGCCGUUGUUUCUGAGGAACCAAUCUACAUAGUCACUGAAUUCAUGACAAAAGGCAGCUUAUUAGACUUCCUGAAAGAAGGAGAAGGGAAGUUCUUAAAACUCCCACAGCUGGUGGACAUGGCUGCUCAGAUUGCUGAUGGCAUGGCUUACAUUGAAAGAAUGAACUACAUCCACAGGGAUCUCCGGGCAGCUAACAUUCUUGUAGGAGACAAUCUUGUGUGUAAAAUAGCAGACUUUGGUCUAGCAAGGUUAAUAGAGGACAAUGAGUACACUGCAAGGCAAGGAGCUAAAUUUCCAAUUAAAUGGACUGCUCCAGAAGCAGCAUUGUAUGGUCGGUUUACAAUCAAGUCAGAUGUGUGGUCAUUUGGAAUUUUACUGACCGAGCUGGUAACAAAGGGGAGAGUACCAUAUCCAGGAAUGGUGAAUCGGGAAGUUCUGGAACAAGUGGAACGUGGAUAUAGGAUGCCUUGCCCACAGGGCUGCCCAGAAUCCCUCCAUGAGUUAAUGAAACUAUGUUGGAAGAAAGACCCUGAUGAGAGACCAACAUUUGAAUAUAUACAGUCUUUCCUGGAGGACUACUUUACUGCUACAGAACCACAGUACCAGCCUGGGGACAAUUUAUAAGCCAACAGUCUAUAUAACAUGCACAAAUCUGCCAAAUGUAAAAGACUUGCAAAGAAUUCCUGACGUCUGUAAGGAAUCAAAGGAAAGAAAAUCUUCGCUACUUUGCAUGCUCUUAAUGGCAAACUGGAAUUUCAUAAUACGGUUGCACAAGACCACUUUUCAAGUGUUAUAAUCUAAUUUACCAAUGACAUGUCUUUAUUUCCUAUUUCCCAACUUAUUUCAGGGUCCAAAGGAAGCUUACUGAAAAUGUGAGGUAGUAAAAUGAGUGUUGGUGUGAACGGUAGCAGGAAAAAAAAUGUUUCAUAUAUUUUAUUUGUCCAACAUUUAAUCAUCUUCUGAAAGAGGGAAUUGUCUGGAAGUGAUCUUGAGGGAGGACGUUUUUAAAGCAGAAGAACUUUGUGGGACCAAGGAAUUCCAUUCCAGUUCUAUAAAAUUUCCUAUGUCCAAAAUUAUGCCCCCCCCCCACGCCCAAGUAUGGUACCACCAUAUUUGAUGCAUAGUCUUGAUCUUUAAGCUUCCUUUUGCAUGGUCUGAAUUUGGGUAGGCAGGUUAAAAAAGAAAUUGGAAUGGUGAGUGACGAUCUUGAUCUGAAUGGUACACCUCAAUAGUGAAAUUAGAGAGCGUAACACACUGUGUUAAUACUUGUAUUAAUAUAACUGGAAAGUAGCAUGAGAGAUUUUUCUUUUUCUCUUUCUGCGUAGCUGAUUAAGAAUAAUGAAGGUAACUAGAAAAUGAGGUAAUAUUUUAUAAAUUUAUGUGAUAAAGUAUGGUGAUAUUUGAACUUGAAACUAUGUGAUACAAUCAGGGGAGGAAAUCCUUUAAAAAUUCUAAGUUCCUAUCCUACAGUGAGCUCUUAAGUGGGAAGACUACCUGAACAAAGCUCACCUUGAGAGCUAGGCUGGAGGUGGUAAAUGGACACUUCUUAGUCCUUUUGCAGAGACAGAUUUGGUACUGUUGUAUGUGGCUCGUGUGUUAGUAAGGGUGGGUGCCACAAACGUUAGAUGUCACUAGUUCAGGGAUUUGAUUGCACUUUUGCUUUUCUUGACUAUUAAGACACCCUAGACACAGUUGCUCUUCCCUCUUACGCCCCCCAGAAUUAUUUAACUAAAAAUAAACAAAAGAAAAUGUGAAAACUUAAAAACUAAAGGGAGAAAAUAUAUUUAAUGUUGUCCAGAUGAAGUGACAUGGAAAUUUGCUGGCAGUUGGCCCAGCUCACACUACAUCCAAAUUUAUUUUCUUUGGCUACUGACAUAUCAAGCAAUAACAUCAUGUCUUUUAUUCAGCAAUUUGCAUGACGUUUUUGAAUUUCUGAUUGAGCUUAUAUACUUUAAUUUUGAAACACUAAACUCUUACACAGCUGUCAGGUUUGAAUUCAUAUUAGCAUUGUAAAGCUAUCCAACAAAUGAUUUUCAGAAAAGCUGAUGAUAUAGUUCUGGUACUAAACCUAUCAUUUUUCAUGAGUUUGUACUCAGUUGAAUCCAGCUACCAAACAGAUCUUUGUAAGAACAGUGCCAUCAUUUUCCAUUUUCUGUCAUCAUCACUCAUCACCUAUACAUCUGUGGUUAUCAAAUUUUAAAAGGGCUUUAUGUAAGAAAAACAAAACAAAGAAACAAAAAACCCACAAAAAAACAACAAAAAUUUAAAAAAAUAUAUAUGAUGGAAUUUUAAUUUUUCUAAGUAUUUUAAAAUAAGUAACACAAUCAUGUGAGUUUAUGUAUUAAUACAGCUAUAACAAAAAAUGCCAAAAAUGACAUUGGCAUUGUUUGGAUUUUAAUUACAGAAUGGAACAGUUCAUUGUAAUAACACUUGUAUAGUAAAGGAAUAAAACACUAACUUAAUGAACGUGUUCAUUGUAAAUGGUUGUGUAUUAUAAGACUUCUCCAAAAGAGUUUGUAUGUUUAUGAAAAUUUAUUUGUUUCACCAGAAGAUCUUGAUGAUGUGGUUCUUACCCUAACAGAAUUUAAAAUUCACAUUCACACUUUUUAUAUAAAUAGUAAUAAGUUUAAUUAUGUAACUAAGUAUUUUUAUAAAGUAUGGCAUUGUUGAACUGUUUUGCAGAAUUGGUUCAAAAUAAAUUUCUCCUUGAUUGCAUCUGCUUAUUUGGGAGGGGAAGAGACACAGGGGGGAACAAAAGCAGAGUGGUCUUCAUAUUGAGGGGAAAAGGAGUGGAAUAAAAGGGAGACUGAACUUAGAAGCUGUAGCUGUCUUGUUGACUUUGGGAUGUAUUUUUAUCCACUGUAAACUGUUCCAGUGUACUUUAAAGAUGCUGACUUCGUGAUGUGUUAUAAACUAUUGGUGUCAAAGAGGAGAUAUUUUCCAGAGCAGUUCAGAAGUCCUUGGCAGGAAUUGGCUAGAAUAAUUUUGUCUAGACUUAUUUUGAGUCUCUUUUAACAGCUGGAUGGACAGACAGGCCUGGGGUUCUCAGUAGAGAACUUCCAAAGUGGGCUCCCAACUGGCAGCUGGGCUGUGGGGCAGGGGCCUUCCCUUCCUCUUUUAUCUGCUGUUGGCAGCCUCUGGUGGCUUCUGCACAAUUCUUUCAGGGAAUUUUCUAAAUCUGUUCUUGUGGUAGCUGGUGUUUUAUCUCAACUUCAUUGAAUGUUAUCUGUCUUAAAGGCCAGUACAACUCAGAUCACAGAUCCUGAAGUUCAUGAGCAGCGCCACUAUAGAUGAGGCAGCUGUGCUGUCGGCGGCUGGUUUUGUUUCAGUAACGACUCGUAACAGAGCACUAAGAACAUUUUUACAGAUUCUAUGACCCGCAACAUGUACUGUACUUUAAGUAUGUCCUGUAAUGUAAUUGAUGUUUUCUAUUUUUAAUGGUAACAAUCGUGUAAUUUCUGGUAAUCUCCCUGUUGUCCAUCCCACCAUUACCACGUCUGCUCUUUGUGAGAGGCCUGCAGGUUGUUUCUGUCAUUCAUUCUUUCAAACUGUAGUGUUGUCAGAAUAUUUUCAUAUUUUUGAGUAAACUUCCAAACAUAAAAACGUCUAUGAUUCUACUGUUUAGAUAAAAUGAAAAGAACCUGAUGUGUUCUUAUCCUUCCCACUGAAUUGUCAUCUCGCUGGGGCUGUGACUAUCUCUUACCACUGACCAUUAACCUGAGAAAAAGGACCUUAAACAAAGAAAGUCUCCUGAAGCCUCCCAGGCAGAAUGCUGCCUUACCCACAGCCAUCUAAGAAUGCUCUCAGUUCUGAAGUGCACUAUCUACACCGUACUGAGAAACCUGAAACGUGGAAAGUGAAUACAAACUAAACGUAAUGAGUCCCUGCUCUUGUUAUUUGUGUUUAUCUGUUUAAUCCAAUAAAAUCCUUGGGUUUUAUUUA